GCCCCAGCCUCGCGCCCGAUGGUGAGCAGUGUCUUGUGCCGCUGCGUGGCUUCCCCGCCGCCGGACGCCGCCGCCGCCGCCUCGUCCGCCUCGUCGCCGGCGUCUGUGGACCCGUGCGGCGGUGCCGUCUGCGGGGGCCCAGACCACAGGCUGCGCCUGUGGAGCCUCUUCCAGACGCUCGACGUCAACCGCGACGGCGGCCUGUGUGUCAACGACCUGGCCGUGGGGCUGCGACGCCUGGGAUUGCACCGCACCGAGGGCGAACUCCGGAAAAUUGUACAAGCUGGCGAUAAAGACCUUGAUGGGCAGCUGGACUUUGAAGAGUUCGUCCAUUACCUCCAAGAUCACGAGAAGAAACUGAGGCUAGUGUUCAAGAGUCUGGACAAAAAGAAUGAUGGGCGAAUCGACUCUCAGGAGAUCGUGCAGUCCCUGCGGGACCUGGGGGUCAAGAUAUCCGAGCAGCAGGCGGAAAAGAUUCUCAAGAGAAUACGAACGGGCCACUUCUGGGGCCCUGUCACCUACAUGGACAAAAACGGCACGAUGACCAUCGACUGGAACGAGUGGAGAGACUAUCACCUCCUGCACCCCGUGGAGAACAUCCCCGAGAUCAUUCUGUACUGGAAGCAUUCCACGAUCUUUGAUGUGGGAGAGAAUCUGACAGUUCCCGAUGAGUUCACCGUGGAGGAGAGGCAGACGGGGAUGUGGUGGAGACACCUCGUGGCUGGAGGUGGGGCCGGGGCCGUCUCCAGAACCUGCACGGCCCCCCUGGACAGACUGAAGGUGCUCAUGCAGGUCCACGCCUCCCGCAGCAACAACAUGUGCAUCGUGGGCGGGUUCACCCAGAUGAUCCGAGAGGGAGGGGCCAGGUCGCUCUGGCGGGGCAACGGCAUCAACGUCAUCAAAAUUGCCCCCGAAUCGGCCAUCAAAUUCAUGGCCUACGAGCAGAUCAAGCGUCUUGUUGGGAGUGACCAGGAGACUCUAAGGAUUCACGAGAGACUUGUGGCAGGGUCCUUGGCAGGGGCCAUCGCUCAGAGCAGCAUCUACCCGAUGGAGGUUCUGAAGACCCGGAUGGCCCUGCGCAAGACAGGCCAGUACUCGGGCAUGCUGGACUGUGCCAGGAAGAUCCUGGCCAGAGAGGGGAUGGCCGCCUUCUACAAAGGCUACGUUCCCAACAUGCUGGGCAUCAUCCCCUACGCUGGGAUCGACCUGGCUGUCUACGAGACACUCAAGAAUGCCUGGCUGCAGCGCUAUGCCGUGAACAGCGCAGACCCUGGAGUGUUUGUGCUCCUGGCCUGUGGCACCAUGUCCAGCACCUGUGGCCAGCUGGCCAGCUACCCUCUGGCUCUGGUCAGGACCCGGAUGCAGGCCCAAGCCUCCAUUGAGGGCGCUCCAGAGGUGACCAUGAGCAGCCUCUUCAAACAGAUCCUGCGGACCGAGGGAGCCUUUGGCCUGUACCGGGGGCUGGCCCCCAACUUCAUGAAGGUGAUCCCAGCCGUGAGCAUCAGCUAUGUGGUGUACGAGAACCUGAAGAUCACCCUGGGCGUGCAGUCUCGGUGACGGGAGGGAGGACAGCCCCGCCCGGCGGACUCCUGAUCCUGGGCUGCAGCCCCGGGAUGUGUAGCCAUCUCAUUCUGUGAAUGUGCCGACACUAAGCUGACUGAAGCCAAGCUGUGAAACCCCUGGGACGCACCGCAGGGAGGGUGGGGGGAGCUGGCCGGCCCACUGGGCUUCCUGCUGACCAUGGCCCACCCUCGUGUCCAUUCCAGGGAAGGCCCGUGGGUAUCCCUCGGGUCCAGGGGUCAGCAGGACUCAGGCUGACGCUCAGUAGAGACCGGACGUUUCCUGCAGGGCCUGCCAGACAGCAGGGCUUGGAGGCGGCUUAGUUCUUCCAUCUCCUCUUCCCACCCAGACCGUGGGCCACGGGCCCCUGCCCUCUGGCCUGCUGGGCAUCUGCCCUGUGCCCACUGCCUCUUCCUCACUGCUGUUUGAAUAUGGUAGGAGGAGGGCCACCAGCCCACUCCCAUGCCCGCCUGCUCCUCCCCCUCAGUCCUCGGGGGAAAGGUGCUUCCACCUGACCUCACACCCGCUGGUUGUGCAGGGAAAGGAGGAGCCGGGGAGUGUGCCCACCCCCUCUGCGCUCACCAGCAGAGGGCGCCGAUGCAUGCAGGGGCAAGGCCCCGCCCCGCCGUUGGCUGCCUGGCACCGGGUGCAUGGCUUCCCCGGAGCCCAGAGGCCUCUGCCCUGCACUGCGGGGGCCUCCUGGUGCUCUGAGCUGCUCCGGGCUCUGUCGGGACUGGCACCAGCUCAGACCCAGCUCCCUGUCCCUGCUCUGGCAUGAGGCAGUGGGGUGUGGGGUAACGGGAGGUUUCUGCCCCAUGUCUGCGUGCCCCGAGAAGGAAAAGGGCUUGAGGGCCUUAAUUAGGUAUUUUUGAGGAAAGGGUUUUGUUCAGAAAGACAGACUGGACAAAUGUGCAAGCCCUGAGCUUCCGGAGGGAAGACAAAGCGAGUAGAGAGCUUGGCUGAUGCAUUAAAGUCUGUUCCUGAGGCCCCGGGAUUCGUGUCCAAUCCCAGCUGGGGCGGUGGGACCAGCCUCACAUUCCACUGAUGCCACGGAUCAUGCUCCGAGCCUAUUUAUUUCGUAUUUAUUUGAACAGAGUUAUGUCCUAACUAUUUUUAUAGAUUUGUUUAAUUAAUAACCUGUCAUUUUCAAGUUCAUUUUUUAUUCAUAUUUAUGUUCAUGGUUGAUUGUACCUUCCCACACCCAAGAGGUGGGGUGAGGAGAGGAAGUGGGAGUGGCCUUCCUGCCACUGCCCACACCGUGUCACAUCUGUCCAAGGACAGGAAAGGGGCCAGGAGCGGAGGGAGGGGCCCUGGUCCCAGAGAGGGUCCCUGGCCGGGUGGGGAGACACGUGCACACGGGGAGCCUUGGGACCUGAGUGUCCGAUGGGGGACGGGAAGGGGGGGAGAAACCUCAAUUCCGUUGAAGAUGGAAGUCCAAACCCUUUUUCGGACCCGGAGGGUCUCUAUUUCACCCUUUCUGAAUGACAAGGCAGCGAGGUGCCUAUCACUGUGAGUUUGGGGGGGCUAGAGGAGAGGGUGGCAGCGCCCGCCCCACCUGUGAAGUGGGCUUCUCCCUCGCAGCCCCCGCGCCCUCCCCCCUCCCGCCCCCGCUGCCUCUGCUCAGUAGUGCUGGUCAACCUGCAGCCUCACAGUUGCACUUUUCAUUCUACCAGAAUGGCCCGGUGGGCAGUUUAAAUAGGACGCAAAGAUCAAUGCAAAAAUUACUGUCCUGUAUAAACAUAGUUCUAACUGGAAUUUGUGAAAAAGCAAAUUAAGAAGAAUUGGGAGUUGUCAUUUAAAACAGCCUCUAAUAAAGUUGUUUGAAAGCCGA